AUGCGUCACUGUUUCAUAUAUCUGCUAUACGAUCUUCUGGCAUGUUUCAGCGCUGCGCCGGUGUCAACGAACUCAAUACAAACGACCAAUUUCCAAGCUCGAGAUUCCAGACAUUCUCUUGGUGUCAGUCUCCAUUGCGUUCUAGUAACGCGGAGCUUAAGAACGACCGACAUGUCGACGUCGCCGCCAACAGAUGGAGAGAACUUUGAAGACCGAGUAUUUGAUGUUGCCAACCUACACACAUGUAAUUAA